GGGCUUAUAGUUUAAUUGGUUGAAACGUACCGCUCAUAACGGUGAUAUUGUAGGUUCGAGCCCUACUAAGCCUA